CACAUGGAAAGGGUUCAGGCUACCUCAGACAAUUCGCAUUCCUGUCACCCAUCCUACCGUACCCCUCCCCCAACCCCCAAACCAGCGAUCACAAUGGCGCGGCGAACAACAACACAACUCGAUCCGUUGCCAUCAAUGGGUGUCAGUCUAAGCCUCGCCUUUCCCAACUGAGAUGAGUGAGUUUCGAGUGGCCAUGGACGAUUCUGACCAGGACUCGAUGGUUACAAGAGCACCAGAACCGGCAGGAGGAUCGACGGAAGAAGCGGCCAGACUUGAAAUGGGGGCUCCCACGCUUACUACUAGUACCUCCACGAAAGCAGAUCCCCCAGGCCGCCUCUUUGGUGUUACGGUGUCCGAUGAAGAGGUGGAGACAGCAGCAGCAAGGGAUGACACGUCUCGAUCUGCUUUACCCAAAGAAGCCGUUCCCAGAGACACUGGAAAACCCGAGGCUCGGGUUUCAGAGUUCUCUGAAGUGUCUUCUUUAAAGGCAGGCGACAAGGACUCUCCACACGAUGCGGAGGCUGGCCCCUCGACAGACGAAGCAGAUGACUCCGAGAAUCACGAGGAUAUGGCCACACUGGAUGAGCCACAAAACAAGAAGAAUGCAGCAAGUGAACCCAUGUUUUCAGAACGUGCCAAGAAACAGAAAUUGGACGAGGCACCAAAGAAGAAGAAGAAUCGCAUCGAAAACUUGGGAAACGAUGAAACUGGAAUGUGUCUGGUUUACCCUCCUGAUGAUCCGGACGUACCUGCUGUGGUGAUUCUGAAGGAGUUGGAAGCAAAGCUGCGCAACCAGAAAGUGCUGAAAAAAAUUCAAACUUUCAUCAAGGACAACGAGGAUGGCGACGAACCCGAGUCAGCAAGACUUAUCCAGGGCAAGCGUUUUGAAAUCUUUCUGGACGCAAAGGGCAAAGCAUCCAAAGCGUUUGACACUGUCAUUGUGCCUACCAUGCAAAACCAAAAUGCCAAAGAGAUUAUAUUGGAGUAUGCUCGGUCGCAGGCGCAAAUGGAUCCUAGAGUCCAAGACGGAUACAUCUUCGAGAAUUUCUCAUUGUUGGUCUGCCAACGGGCAGCACCAGCCCAGGCUCCACAUGUGGAUUUGGUGACUCCGAACUUCCAGUUUGGCAUGGUUCUAUCCAACAAAUCACGAGGGACUCUCUUUGUUCCGGAACCAGACAAACUCGGAAGACUCCACCAUGUUGAUCAACUGGUUUCUCUUUGGGAAAAAAAUCCCUUCUUCAAGGAUGACGCUUUCUCAAAAGUUCCACCACGGCUUGUGGAGAGGUUCAAGGCAGACCUGGGUGCCCAACAACUGUUGAGCUACUUUGGUGACACACUCCACCCGGAAAAGACCUUGCGGGACAGUUUUGUCUCGAAGGAUAGGCUGCCCGUGGGUACUGUAUCGUGUCUCCCAGGAAGCGUUUGUCACGCUGGCCCUGCCACCACGGCCCCUCGUUCUGUUCUCUUCUUCUCUGGAGCUCCAAAGGAUUCGGAUGAAGUGGAUCCGUACAUGCCCGACAGUCAGUAUAAUGGUGUCACUCUGAUGGGCCAUCUAGUGUCAAUCUUUUGGAGACAGGAAUCCAUUACAGCAAAGGAUCGCCAGUUCCUCCUAAGGAUGCUGGCAAAGUAUGUCCAAAGCUCCUCCUCCAAAGACGUUGCCGACCAAUUUGGUGAAGGAAAACUUCGGGACUGUGUCAGGGCUUUGCAAAACAAAAGGUACUCCUCGAGAAAGAUGCGAAUGACACAGGAAGAAUUUAUCAAAGACAGGUCGGAAGAUCUAUCCAUUGUUGUUGGAAAUGAUCCUUUCUCGCAGCCGAAUGCAGUGAUUGAUGUGACAGACUUGAAGCUGGUCUCUGUCGAGAAAAACUUGUUCACUGCGUGGAAAGAAAACGAUGAAGAGUGUUCUCGGGACUUGGCCCUCAUGGUCUACCAGCGCAUCUCGGAUGGGAAGAUCGUUCUCAGGUAUGUAACCGAGGGUGACGAUGCCCUCUGCCCGGACGAAUAUGAAGGCCACCUCGAACAUGAAAGAUAUCGUUUGGAAAUGAAUAGUCCGGGAGAAAAGUUCGAUGGCAGCAACGGGAGACUAUUGGACACGGAUGGAGAGCUUAUUGAGGUCCACCUAGGGAGACGCAUUCACAUCGAUUAAUCCUUGGUGGGAAAACGUUGCUCUUGGUGCAGUUUUUGUGGUGGCUUGUUUCUGUUAGUACAUGUACAAGGUACACGUGUACCGGUAGGACUAAUGUUUAGGGUGUUAUUUUGUUCUGG